CGCCAAGUUUCUCUACCCUGUACCUAACAAGCUCCAACCUGUUUGGCGCGCUUAUGACGUUUGAUUAUGUACAUAGUUGUAUGAAGGAACUAUUUACUAACACUUUGUCAGUAUUGAGGGUUUGGUGUUCAACUAACUUGAAAGUAGUAAAUUUCCGUUAUUGAGAACAUUUAGAAAGGUUUUGAGAUAUCAUGGUCUGUACAGAGAAAACGACUACAUAUGUUAUGCAUUCCCCCAUAGGGGACAUUGAAUUAGUUGUAUGUCAGAAAGGUCUUCAUUCCUCCAGUCAGAUUAUAUCAACAGAUGAUGAGUUUUGCCCUGAUCAAAAGCAGCAAGUAAAAAUAAAAGCCUUGGACAUUGAUGACCAAUUUAGUAAACAUGUUAAGCAAACAGUAAUGUGGUUUCGUGUGUAUUUCUCCAAUUAUUUUGAUUUAGAUGAUAAUCAUCAACCAAAGCUUUGCAUGGAUUCAAUUCAAAGUGAAUUUCGUAAAAAUGUGUGGAUGACAUUGGCACAAAACACACAACCUGGUGAAACCACUACUUAUGGUGGCCUUAUGACACUGAUGCAUAGCAAAGGAUUUUCAGGGUGCGCCCAAGCUGUUGGCUCAGCACUUGCAGUGAAUCCCUUUCAAAUUAUAGUCCCAUGUCACCGUGUUCUUCCCAAAUCUGGUGAAUUCGGACAAUAUGCUAAAGGAAAGAAGAACAAAGUGAAAGAGUGGUUGCUGAAGUAUGAAAGGGUUGGGUGCUGCCAGAAAAGAAAACAGGAACAUUCUUUUGGGUGUGAAGAUUGUGUUUCAAUGGAAAUAGGAACAAAAAAAAUUUGCAUAAGCACACCUUGUCAAAAAGCCCUGAGUGGAAGCUAAGGCAAAAUGUUUGUGAUGCAAAGAGAAAAAAAAAGGUGAAAAAGAGUGAAGUGACAGAAUGAAGUUCUCACUGGUGCUGCUACAUCUAAAUUUGAAGAGUAGAAAUUUUUUUUGUACUGAAGGAUAUCAAAAUGAGUUUAAAUCUAUUACUUUAAAAUUGUACUCUUGUAAAUAUUAAAGAAAAUACAAAUUCCAAGUUUUCAAAAAAAAAUUUCUUUAAUUUCAAAUUUUCAGGGAUUGCAAUCAGUGUAGCAAAGAGCUUGAACCUUCUUGAAGGUUCCUCAAGCACAAAAUCCCCCCACCCUCCCAUAAAAAUAAGUCCAUCUUGAAUAAAUAAAAACUUAAUACAAAAACUUUCUGUGCAAAUACAAAUGAAAACUUUUUACAUAAAAUUUGACAUAUAGUAGUAUGUUUAUUGUAUAAAAUGUUUAAUACAUUUUAUGUUACAAAAUAUGUUAUGCAUAUUUUUCUGUAAUGC